UUCAUCAGAAUGCGAAUACUCUCAAGCUUUGAAUCUGGAAGGAGAAAUGUUUGUCUGUUCUGUCUGCUUCAAAAGAUUUUAAACAUUAUUGUGACUGGAAAAGCACCAAGACAAACACACCUGAGUGAGAGUCUUCCAGUGCACUGACUGUGGAAAGUUAAACAGCCUGAAAAAACAUCACAGUGCAGAGAGACUAUAUAAGUAUUCCGUGUGUGUUCGAGGCUUCAACUGAUUGUCAAACCUUGAGAUUCACAAGGACAACCGCACGAUGGAGAAACCAUGGAAAUGUGGAGACUGUGGGAAGCGCUACCGAUUCCCGUCUGAACUGGAAAUUCAUCUUCGCAUUCACACUGGGGAGAGGCCUUUCACCUGCUCCGAAUGUGGGAAGGGAUUCACUGGGUCAUCCCACCUGCUGACACACCAGCGGGUUCACACCGGGGAGAGACCAUUCACCUGUCCUGAGUGUGGGAAGGGAUUCACUCAGUCACCCAACCUACUGACACACCAGCGAAUCCACACUGGGGAGAGGCCGUUCACCUGUUCUGUGUGUGGGAACAAAUUCAGUCAGUUAUCCAGCCUGCAGACACACCAGCGAAUUCACACUGGGGAGAGGCCAUUCACCUGCUCUGCGUGUGGGAAAGAAUUCACUCAGUUAUCCAGCCUGCAGAAACACCAGAGAAUUCAUGCUGCGGAGGGGCCAUUCACCUGCUCUGUGUGUGGGAAGGGAUUUGUUCAUUUAUCCAGCCUGCGGAGACACCAGCGAGUUCAUGAGUGAUGCCAGGGGUUG